AUGAAUACCUACAAGUGGGCCGACCUAUACAUUGUGCGACUCCCCUGCCUCCAACAGCUCUUCAUUGACGGUUACACGCUUCACGCUUUCACCAUCACUUGCCUCCACUUCCCCUCAUCCGCAGCCGUGCACGUCAGCGACGAAAACUUCUAUGCCCGCCCCUUGAAGGUCGCCGUCGUCCUCGCCGGGGCCCCGGAGACCCACGCACGGCUCUCCCUCCGGUACUCUCGCUGCCCCGACAACAGGUCCGAGCAGUUCUGGGACGUCCUAGAGAAGCUCAAGAACUUCAUCCCCUGGAAACAGCUCGUCGCGGUCACCCUGCGCGCCGGCGCGCGCGUCCACACGACGGUGCUCUUCGUCGCGAACUGCCUCGCUCUCGCGCGCGGCGGCAAAAUCGCGUCGCUGCGCGUCAUCGCGAAGCGGCCCGGGAAGCGGCCCGAGCUCAUGGAGGCCGCGGUGAGGACGCUGGGGAAGGUCGUCGGCGGAGACCCGCAGGCGAGCGAGGAGAUCGCGCGCGCGCCGUUGGGGCUGACCUCACUGGAGCUCUGGGUGGAAAAGAGGGUGUUUCUGGAGCAGCUAGAGCUCCGGGGGCGGGUGCAGGGGUUGGAGCGGAUCAUCCUCCAUUGCCCGAGGACGGAGGAGGCGUGGGUGGAGCAGAUGCGCGAGCAGCUGCCGCAGUUAGAGGUUCGUGCGCUGAAGGGUCGGGCGCUGUUGGAAGUCAACCUACCGGCGCUGGACAAGGCGAUGAGGGACGAUACUCCACUCCACAGAGACGAAGCAUACGCGGAAAACGUGGCUCAAGAGCACACUCAGAUCCCGACCCCUAUCCACUGCCUCCCCGCCGAAAUCCUCGCCAUCAUAUUUCAAAUCUCUGUGGAGGAGAAAAGGAAGAAAAUGCCAUCAAGGAAAGAAGUCCGCUGGCGCAUUGUCGCGCUCAGCACGGGGUCGCUGUGGUCAACCAUCGACUGGAAUCGCCACCAGAAUUCGCACGAAGAGAUGAGGGAAGCAUUCCUGCACCGUUCCCAGCAGACCCCGCUCGACCUCCGACUGUGCGACGAUCUCGAUCUCGAUCUCGACCCUGCGAUGUUGGAGUACGCCCCUCGUGUCCGCAACCUAUCCAUCGUCUGCACCUUCUGGAGGCACGACCAUCAGCGUUUCAAGCAAGGCUCAAGUUUCCUCAAUCUCGAGUCUCUCAGCACUACUGUCUGUAAACUCCCCAACGACUUUUUCCCUACGAGACCCCCGAAGCUGCAUACCAUCGUUAUAAUCGGGGCUAGAUCCAUUCCUGCGCUCUCGUGCGGGGCCCUCACACGUCUCCACUUACAACGCGUGGACGACCUGUCCGGCACAGACAUUCGGACGGCCCUCUCCGCCUGCGCCUCUACGCUCAAGGAGCUCAGUUUUUCCGUCCGUGAAAGGAGCCACUCAGAAGGAGCCGCGCUACCCCCGAUCCACCUCCCUCGUCUUGAAACGCUCUUCGCUCGCAACUCCGACUCCUUCCUUCGGCUGCUCUCGAUCCCCGCCUCGACGGCCGUGACGCUCGAGGACUGCCACGCCGUCCCGGACUGGUUCGCCUCCGUCGGGAAUCCGACGGGGCUCGCGCUCGACUAUGGCGCCGACGACGUCACCUUCGUGCUCGACUACGGCGCCGACGCGGUCACCGCCGCGCUCGCGGGAGCCCAGGCGGACGCCCGUGGCACCCGGCGUUGGCUCCAGCGGUACCACUUCACCACGCAGACGAGGGAAGCCGCCGAGCGGGAGGUUCAGGCACUUAUCCCCUGGACGCAGCUCGAGUCUGUCGCCCUGCGCGCGACCGCCCGGGUGCACACGGCGAUGGUGUUCUUGGUGGACGGCGUGCGCCGCGCGCGCGGAGGCGUAGGGAGGCUCAAGUCGGUGUACGUGGCCUACUGGCGCCAGAGGACCCCCGAGGCCGUCGCGGCGGCGGUCAGGGACCUCGGAGAGGUCAUCGGGGGAGAUCCGCAGGCGAAGGAGGCGGCACGCCGGGAACCGUUGCGACUGGCCAAGCUGGAGAUCUGGGUGGUGAAGAGAGCCUUCUUGGAGCAGCUGUGCCUCGGAGGACGGCUGGCUGGGGUGGAGAGAAUCGUCUUGCACUGUCCGAGGACGGCGCAGGGAUGGGUGGAGCGGAUGCAACGCGAGCUUCCACAGCUGGAAGUACACAUGUUGAAGGGUGCGGCGGUGAAAGAGGCUACAGUACGUCCACCGGUGCUCGACGACACCAUCUGGGACGGUAUGUAUCGGUGA